AUGUCGUCAGAAGCAUUAGAAGCACUUCUCCAAUGGGGUACCUCCUCUGGUGUAAUAAUUCCAGAAGAACUUAAGUUUGUAUAUACUGAUGUUAAAGGUAUUAUAUGCCUAUGUGAGAAAGAUGUAGACAAUCCUAGCAUCAAGAUCCCUCCCGAGAUCGUUAUUUCAAGGAGUCUGCCUAUGAAGUUCUUCAGGCUCGAUAGAUCCACUGAAAAUAUCAAUGGAUGGCUGAAGUUGUUCUUAGCCAAAUUAAAAUUUGAUAGAGAUAACGAUACUAUCGUAGACGAUGUUCAUGUCAAUAAAAAGUUUAAACCUUACUUGGAUGCAUUGCCUUCUCGAUUAAACUCACCAUUGAUUUGGAAUCCGAGCGAGUUGAAGCGUUUAUCAUCUACAAACUUGGGGAAUUCCAUUCGUGAAAAAUUGGCAAACAUAAUCAAAGAAUGGCUUGAUUUAGUCACUUCUUCUAAUAUUUUUGACUUGAAAAAAGUGGGAGAUGACGUUAAGAUUUUUCAUAUACUUGAUGAAUUGACUGAUGAAGCUUUGUAUGAGCAGAUUUUGAAAAGGACUGAACUUCAAACGCCGGUUAUUUGGUAUUCAUUUUCUGCCUUCCUAUGGUCGCAUCUCAUAUUAACUUCAAGAGCAUUCCCAGAGUAUGUGCUGAACAAAAACUGUCCCGAAAAUUCUAUUGUGUUACUCCCCAUAAUUGAUCUUCUAAACCAUGAUUAUCGCUCGAAGGUCAAAUGGUAUCCUGAAGAUGGAUGGUUCUGCUAUGAAAAAAUUGGAACCGUCACACAUUCACAAGAACUCUCGAAUAAUUAUGGCGGUAAAGGAAAUGAAGAAUUGCUGUCUGGAUACGGGUUUGUUUUAGAAGAUAACAUAUUUGACUCAGUGGCUUUAAAAACAAAACUGCCAUUAGAUGUGAUUUCCUCAAUUCUUAAAAUGGAACCUGCUCUGAAGCUGCCCUUGCUAUCAGAUUAUACAACUUUUGCGUUUGAAAACAAAGUUUUCAACCAAAAAGGCAAGGAGCAUGCUCGUAAUGUAGCUGACUAUGUAGACGGAGUGACUUAUUUCAUUACAAACAAUGAACAGAGUUUGGAACCGUUAUUAGAUCUUUUUACCUACCUAUCCAAGACAGAGGAGGAGAGCUUGCACGAUAUAAGAGCCCGUUUUGAAGGUAUACAAAUGCUAAGAAACGCAUUACAAAGUAAACUCAAGGGUGUCAUUCAACCACCCGUAACUGAUGAACCAUACCUAAUUGAUCCUUACAGGCGUUAUUGUGCCGACAUUUAUACUAAAAGCCAAAGACAGAUCUUGAAAGGAGCUGUAACGAGCUUGAAAAAACUGGAGAAAACAAUGCUAUCGGAGAACAAGCACCGAUUGGUAACGAUGAACAAAAUACUUAAGAGUGACUCUGCUUUUAUAGACACUGAAUUGCCUUCAUUGUUCAACAAUGAGGAUGAUGAAGAAGUAGUAUUUGAAUCUACUUACGAUCUACUGGUGCUUUGGAUUUUACUGAAGGUGAGAACUAAUUCAUUUCCUACCAAAUAUAAUUGGGUUGGACAACAGUAUGUCAACUUCAAGAAAACUCCAUAUAUAUCAGAUGAUUCCCGGGCUUUCCAUACCCAGUACUUUGAGAAGCAAGACGAUGUGGACUUAGAACAAGUAAAUCACGCAAUUCAGUUUGUGGUAGCUAAUUCCUUCACCAGGGUGUCAACCACAUCUGCAGAAACUAUCAUAGUGCGUAAAUAG